UUAGAUCCCACCACGGAAGGCCUGAGGCCAAGAAAGGAGGAGGCGCUCUCUCUAUCUCUCUCUCUCUCUCUCACAGAAGCAUGGCGACCGCUCUCCUUCGAGUCGCCCUCUCCCUAAACCCUAACCCUAAUGCUGACCCCAAGAUCCACCUCGGUUCCGCCAGAGCCCUUCGAAACCCCGUCCCCUUUCUUCACCUGCCGCCCCUCCGCCGCCUCCACCGUUUCUCCAGGCCCGAAUCCCUGCGCCUUAUCCGCGCGAACGCCAUCGAUAUCGGCGUUCCGGCGGGGGAGCCCCAGCAGGAGGCGGCGAAGAGCUCGUCGGUGCUCCUCGAUGUCGGCGGGAUGAUGUGCGGCGCCUGCGCCGCCAGGGUCCGGUCGAUCCUCUCCGCCGACGAACGGGUCGAGUCGGCGGUGGUUAACAUGCUGACGGAAACCGCGGCGGUCCGCCUCGGACCAGGUGGAUUGGAGGACGUGGAUGCCGGCCGGGUCGCGGAGGAGCUCGCCGGGCGGCUGACGGAGUGCGGGUUCCCGGCGAAAAUGCGGAGGUCGGGGCUGGGGGUGGGGGAGAACGUAAGGAAGUGGAGGGAGAUGGCGGAGAGGAAGGAGGAGUUGCUUGUGAGGAGCCGCAAUCGCGUCGCCUUUGCCUGGACGCUGGUGGCUCUUUGCUGUGGAUCCCACGCCUCUCAUAUCUUGCAUUCUCUCGGAAUUCAUGUCGCUCAUGGGUCCUUGUGGGAGAUACUUCACAAUUCAUAUGUCAAAUGUGGUACCGCCGUGGUCUCUUUGCUGGGACCUGGUAGAGAUUUACUUUUCGAUGGUCUUAGAGCAUUUGCAAAGGGGUCGCCAAAUAUGAAUUCUCUUGUGGGAUUUGGCUCUAUUGCUGCUUUCCUUCUUAGUGCAGUGUCGCUAUUGAAUCCUGGACUUGAAUGGGAAGCUUCCUUUUUUGAUGAACCGAUCAUGCUUCUUGGUUUUGUACUUCUGGGACGUUCUCUUGAAGAACGAGCUAGACUCAAGGCAUCUAGUGAUAUGAAUGACCUUUUAUCAUUGGUAUCCUCUCAAUCACGACUAGUAAUUACAUCCUCCGAAGAGGAUCCUUCAUCAGAUAAUGCAUUAAGUACAGAUGCAAUAAGCAUUGAAGUCCCUGUUGAUGAUGUUCGUGUUGGAGAUUCAAUAUUGGUUUUGCCUGGGGAAACUAUUCCAGUGGAUGGAAAGGUUCUUGGAGGGAGAAGUGUUGUUGAUGAAUCAAUGCUCACAGGGGAAUCUCUUCCUGUUUUCAAGGAAAGAGGUCUGCAUGUUUCUGCAGGAACAGUAAACUGGGAUGGCCCUCUAAGGAUUGAAGCUACGACAACUGGUGCUAUGUCAACAAUUUCAAAAAUAAUUCAAAUGGUUGAAGAUGCACAAGCUCAAGAAGCACCUAUCCAGAGGCUUGCAGAUUCAAUUGCUGGGCCUUUUGUGUACAGUGUGAUGACACUGUCAACUGCAACAUUUGCUUUCUGGUAUUAUAUUGGGUCACACAUCUUUCCGGAAGUCUUGCUUAAUGACAUAGCAGGUCCUCAUGGGAAUUCACUGCUUUUAAGCUUGAAACUUUCCACGGAUGUACUAGUUGUUUCCUGCCCUUGUGCGCUGGGUCUAGCUACUCCCACAGCUAUCUUAGUAGGCACCUCUCUAGGGGCUAAACAAGGACUUCUUAUAAGAGGAGGUGAUGUAUUGGAGCGUCUGGCUGGGAUAGAUGUCGUUGCAUUAGACAAAACAGGAACCCUUACAGAAGGAAAACCUGUUGUUAUGGCUGUUGCUUCUUUGGCUUAUAAAGAAUCUGAAAUCCUCCGUCUAGCUGCUGCAGUGGAAAAAACAACAUCACAUCCAAUUGCAAAGGCUAUCAUAACCAAAGCAGAGUUAUUAAAUUUGGAACUCCCUAGCACAAAAGGACAGUUGACAGAGCCUGGUUUUGGUACCUUAGCAGAAAUUGAUGGUUGUUUGGUUGCUGUUGGUACAAUGAAUUGGGUCCAUGAGCGUUUUCAAAAUAAAGCAUCACACUCUGAAUUGAUGGAUCUAGAAAAUCGGAUAGCAUGCCUGUCAUCUCCAGUGACAUCAUCAAACCACUCAACCUCAAUCGUUUUUGUUGGGCGUGAAGGAGAAGGCAUAAUAGGUGCUAUAGCAAUAUCUGAUAUUCUGCGUCAUGAUGCAAAAUCUACAGUGGAUAGGCUGCAGGAAAAGGGAAUCAAGACAGUCCUUUUAUCAGGUGACAGGGAAGAGGCAGUGGCAAGUGUCGGCAAGAUGGUUGGAAUUGGACAUCAAAAUAUAAAGGCAUCCUUAACUCCAAAGAAGAAAUCAAGCAUCAUAUCAAGUUUGCAAACUGAGGGUCAUCGUGUUGCUAUGGUUGGCGAUGGGAUAAAUGAUGCACCAUCCUUGGCACUCGCUGAUGUGGGAGUUGCUUUACAAAUUGAAGCAAAAGAGAACGCUGCAUCUGAUGCUGCAUCUGUGAUUCUUUUGGGCAACAGGCUUGGACAGAUGGUAGAUGCUCUAUCCCUUGCUCAAGCAACAAUGGCAAAGGUCCACCAGAAUUUAGCAUGGGCUAUAGCAUAUAACAUAGUUGCCAUCCCUAUUGCGGCAGGUGUAUUGCUUCCACAAUUUGAUUUUGCCAUGACUCCAUCACUUUCAGGAGGCUUGAUGGCCUUGAGCUCCAUCUUUGUUGUCAGCAAUUCAUUGUUUCUGAGGCUUCACGGGUCAUUUACAAAGAGGGAGAACAAUGUUUAGCCACAAAAUUUGGACAGAUGAGAUACAACUUCCAUGUAUAUAUUUCUUCACUGGUGUUCUUUAAAUACAAUUUUCUCCAAGCUGCUUUAUUGAAUAACAUGCCUCUGUCAGCAUGGUGUUCAGAACGAUGUUAGUGGAAAUUUUUCAAAGCUUUCUGGUUCUUGGGGUUUGAGUGCCCCCAAACUGCAAUCGCUAGCGUAUUAUGGAUUUAGAAUAUGCGAUGUUGUAAUUGGAAAGAGGAUAUUCAAAGAAUGCCAUUUUGCCAAUAUGCAUCAACAUCUUUUUAACCA